AUGGCAGUGGAAGUAGCUGAUUCUAGCUUUGCGAUUGUUGAGAAUGUGAGUGAGUCGAACGGGUCAACUGACAAUAAAAAGGUGAACAUAACUUUCGGCUCUCAUGGUGUGGAUGAGCCGGUCAAAGUCGAAGUCAAUAAUGUGGCCGAGUCAAACUUCCCAAAGGAUGCAGUUGACGAGUGGCCUGAGUCAAAGAUACACUCUUUCUAUGUUGUUAGGUAUCGGGCACUGGAGGAUCAGAAUCUGAGGGCCAAACUGGAUUUGGCCGAGAAAGAGCUACAGAAGAAGAAUCAGGCUCGGUUGCAGAUCGUUGAAAAAAUAAAAGCUAAAAGGGCCGAUCGAGCCCAGGUGAUAGCCCAAUUAAGAUCUCUAGGUGUCGAAAAUAAACAGUUUAGGACUAUAAUGGAUGAGAAAAGAAGAGAAAUGGAGCCUCUACAGCAAGCCCUCGGCAAGCUGAGGGGUUCUGGUGGUGGAGAGAAGGGCCCGGCCAUUUGUUCGUCUGAGGAAGAACUCAACGAUAUCAUUAAAAGUUUACAGUACAGAAUUCAGCACGAAAGCAUUCCUCUCACUGAGGAGAAACAAAUCCUAAGGGAAAUCAAGCAACUCGAGGGCACGAGGCCAAAGGUGAUUGCUAAUGCUGCCGAGAGAGCAAGAAUUCAAGACUCAUUAGGCCAAAAAGAGGCAAUUCAGGGCCAGGUCAAAUCGAUAGGUGUUGACCUUGAUGGUGUCCGGAAAGAGAAGCAGGUUAUUAAUGCCAAGCUUAAGCAGCUCGAUGAGGAAAAAUUGGUUAUAGAGAAAGAUAUUAAUGUUUUGGAAGGGGAAUUAGCUGCUGUUACUGAAAAAAGGGAUAAAACUUUCGAAACCAUUAAGGAUAUGAGGAAACAACGAGAGGAAGGGAAUUCCUCGUUUUACCAAAACCGAACCCUCCUAACGAAGGCCAAAGCUCUGGCAGCCAACAAGGAAGUUGAUGCCUUGAAGGAGCUUUCCAAAACAGAGGUUGAAAACUUCAUGUCCCUCUGGAACACCAACAAAGCCUUCCGGGCCGAUUACGAGAAGAGGAGCCUAUCGGCACUCGACAUGCGCCAGAUGUCAAAGGACGGCCGACUCAGAGGCCCAAACGAGAAACCGCUCGUCCGAAACGAGGUUGUUGCAGCGCCAGCUGUGGUGCAGCCCAAAUCUGAGGCCCUCCCAAAACCGAGCGCCACCAAGCAGAUACCACCAAAGGAGGAGGCCAUGGGCCCCACCGACCCACCAUCUGAGCAGAAGAAGGCCCAGAAAGCCAUGGGCCGGCCCAAGAGCGACAAAGAUGGAAACAGCAAGAAAAAAAAGGAGGUGGGCUUGGAAGAUGCUGCUGACGAGGAGGAGUAUGGGUACUUUGUGGGGGACAAGCCGAAGGAAUUGGGCUUGGGUUUGGGCCCGAAAAAGGAAGAAGUUGACGAGAAGAAGCUCAAGGAGCAGAAGAGAGAGGAAGAGAUUGCGAAGCGCAACCAAGCGGAGGAGAGGAAGAGAAAGCAGGCGGAGAAGAUGGCUGCUAAGUCUGCGGCCAAGGCGCAAAAGGAAGCCGAGAAGAAGAUCAAGGAGCGUGAGAAAAGGGCAAGGAAGAAGGCAGGAAGCUCAGCCAUUGCUCUUGAUUCAGAAGAACCGGUAGCUGAAGCCACUGAAGAAGUUGCCGAACCUGAAAAGAUAGAGGAGAAAAUCGAAGCACCACAAAAGAACAAGGACCGAAAAGAAAAUACUGUCAGAAACAGAAGGCCACGCCCCAGAGGACCCGAUUCUCUCCCUAAAGCCAUACUCAAACGCAAGAAGGCCACAAACUACUGGGUCUGGGUGGGUCCGGCCGCUGCUGUGGCAGUCAUUCUGCUUCUGAUUGUCGGGUACAGUUAUUUCAGUUGA